AUGAGCACUCCUGCUGUACCGAUCGAUCCGGCCAGGGCAGCGGAAAACCGAACGGCCCAGAUCGUGGGUGUCACCACUGCGUUCAACGUGGUAGCGCUACUGAUUACGAUCUUGAGGACGUACACGCGGGUUUUUGUUGUACAUUCGUUUGGCCCGCACGAUGCCUUUAUGAUUCUCGCCGCGCUUUGCUCUCUCCUGGGCGGAACAGUCACGAUGUUUAUGCAGAUUCCAUACGGACUCGGCCACCACUCCGAUACACUCUCUUAUCCCGACCGAAUUCAGAUAUCGAAACUGAGCUUCGUACAAUCCAUGGUGCCUCUCAUUGGCGGGCUAGGCUUUCUCAAGGUCGCCAUUGCCUUUGAGCUGAGGAAGCUGAGGAGUAAUUCGUGGGCGUGGUACAAUAUCUUGCUCUGGUGCCUGAUCGCAUUCGUAACUGCAUACACCAUCAUGGCCUGGAUGACCUUCUUCCUCUAUUGCAGUCCCAUCGAGAGGAUAUGGAACUUCAUGAUGGAGGGCAAAUGUUAUGACAUCCACCUGUUCGUCAAAUUUGGCCUUAUCAACACAGGUUUCAACAUUUUUACCGACGUCGCCUUUGCCACCUUGCCCAUCCCCGUCGUUUGGACUCUUAAGAUGCCUCGCAAGACUCGUCUCUAUGUUAUUGCUGUCCUGAGUCUUGGUUAUUGCGCUGUUGCCAUGGGUGUGGUCAAGGCCACGCAUCAAAUUCGUCUCACAAUGAUGACUGACACCACAUAUACUUACGACAUCCAAUUUUGGGGCUUGCUCCAACUCAACAUUGGAAUCAUCGCCGCCUGCGCACCAUCUCUGAAGCCGUUACUGAAGUCUGUCCUAAACCUCAAGAGCUUGACUCCUCGAUAUGGAUACACGAAUUCGCAAAGCUACCACAACCAAAAAAGCAAAAGAAGGACAGCACUCUACACCAUAGGCGGAAGCGCCGCCCAGGGGUACACCAAGCAGACCAGCAAAAACGACAACCUUGACGAUUUCGAACUCAAAUCCAAUUAUCGCUGUACGAGUAGCGCCAACCAAGGCACCUCUUACACCGCGACCGUCGCGGGUAGAGACGACUCGAGCUCAACGGGUGGCGGCCAAGGAGGGAAAGACGAAGAGGCAAGGAGGUCCAAUAGCGAAGACAUCAUCCUUCCCAUUGAAGGUGGGAAGAUUGUCCGCACGACGGAGGUAUCUGUUACGUACUAG